UUCUUUUUUACCAUAUUUCACCUGCAGAAUGUUCAUGAUCUUGCAUGGGCUGUUACCAUUGGAGUAUAUUUCAAUUUCUUGUUGGAAAUUGAGCCAGUUUGUUUCGAUUUGAACAAUUGAAGGUAUUCAGCUACUCAACAAUGUCAAUUUCUUAGGUAAGAGCUGAUCAAAGCAAUCAGAAUUCAUCGAUUCAAUUGAGUUUACCUGCAUCGAAAAUAAGCUAAGCUACCAACUAUGUCGGGGUUAAAUUGGGCUGGGGCUGAUCAAGAAAUGAGAGUUUUGUUCAAUGGGGGAGAGAAAUCAUGAUGGCCAAGUAGAAGGGCAAUCGUUGCUUGUGAAGCUGUAAAUGCUUAUGAUGAAUUCAUCAGAUGCAUGGUUGAUUGAAACUCCGCCUUUUUCUAAUUCUGUGUUCUUACAAAAGGAUUAGUCUUACACGUUUCAGCCACAGCCGAAAUUCUUCUAUCCGUGGCUGCAAAACUCGUGACAAUGCUUGAUCCUUCCUUCCUGCCUUUUGCCCAUUUUUCAAGUUGAAAUCCAAUAGUAUUCAAUAUUUUAAAAAAUUGAUCAUUAAUAAUAUUAUUUUAAAUAUUUUUUGAAAUUGAACCGAUUAAAUCGCGCGAAUGGAAUCCCACUACAUUUAAAGUUCCAAUCAGGCCAUUGGGCCCGUAAACGAUAACGACCGAAUUCUAGGGGAAGCUACAAGCCGACAAUCAAGGACCGCAGCCAACAAAUAAAGUCCACGUGGACUUCAGCAGUACAAAGAAACGAACACUCAGCAGUCAGCACCCGCCACUUCCGCCACGUGUUUGCUCCCACCGCGCUCAACUCCUCCAGCCGGCCAGCGUCCCCCACCUCCGCCAUCACUGCUCUGCUCAAAAAACCAAACGACCACAGCAGAAAAGAAGAAACACUGCUACUAAAGGGUAGGAGCGGAGAAAAAUGGAAGACGAAAGAUCACGCUCGAUUCUUCAUUUAAUGGUGAAGGAGGUGGUGCCAUCUCCAGAAGAAGAAGAGAAGAGGAAAUAUGUCGAUAAACAACUUAAAAAAAUAGUAAUGGCGUGGGUUAAGCGAGUAGCUUGGCAACGUCGCCUCCCUAAACAAGAUAUCGUUGCAACCAGUGCCACCGUUUUAACAUAUAGGUCUUACGGCCUUGGGGUUCAUGGUCCAGAGUCGGACAUCGAUGCUUUAUGCAUUGGUCCUUGCUUUGCCACCAUGGCAGAGGAUUUUUUUGUUGUUCUAUACAACAUGCUUAAGAGCAGACCAGAGGUAUCUGAGAUCCAUUGCGUGCAGGAUGGGAAAGUACCCUUAAUGCGGUUUAAGUUCGAUGGAAUCUCAAUGGAUCUUCCCUAUGCGCGGCUUAAAGUGUUAGCAGUUGCUGAGACCGUGGACAUAUUCAAUCCGUUCUUUCUGAGGGAUAUUGAUGAAACUGGUUGGAAAAGCUUGUCUGGAGUGCGUGCAAGCAAGCGGAUUUGUCGGCUUGUUCCAAACUUGGAGAAAUUCCAGUCAAUGUUACGAUGUGUCAAAUUAUGGGCAAAGAGGCGAGGAGUGUAUGGUAAUUUAAAUGGAUUUCUAGGAGGAGUUCAUUUGGCAAUUCUUGCUGCUUUUGUUUGUCAGUGUGAUCCAAGUGCCAGUUUGAGUGCUCUAAUUUCAAAUUUCUUCAAGACAUUUGCCUUAUGGCCUUGGCCUACACCAGUAGUGCUGCAAGAUGGAAUGUCGCAACAUACUAUAAAUCCCACAGAGACAUGGUUAUUUAUGCCCAUCCAGUUGCCAUGUAGUCCUUAUGAAUAUUGCCAUUGCAAUAUCACCAAAAGCACAUUCUAUAAAAUCAGAGCUGAGUUUCUUAGAGGCCACAAUUUAACCAAGGAUCUUCUGAAGUCAAAUUUUGACAAUAUAUUGGAGCCUUUUCCAUACACACAGACAUAUACCCGAUUUGUCAAAAUUUUUGUUUCAGCUUCUAAGCAGGAUGAGCUUGGAGACUGGGUGGGUUGGAUAAAGUCUCGCUUUCGCUGUCUUAUCUUGAAGCUUGAGGAGGUACAGGGUCUUUGUGACCCUAAUCCUGCAGAAUACAUUGAUUUGGAUGUGGCAGAGCCAAACGUCGAUUUCUACUGGGGCUUACAACCAGGCAAGACUAAUGUCAUCAAUAUAGAAUCUCGCAGGGAGGACUUCUGGAGGAAUAUCAGUAAUGGCUAUCAAGGCCCUCUGCGAAGGAUGGAAUUGUCCAUCGUGCAAGCUUCUCAAUUACCCAAGUAUGCUCAAUUUGAUACCUUGAGCAGGAAAGGAACAAAAGCUAGUUGGAAGAUGAGUGACUACAACCAACAGAGGAUCCCUAUAUACUCGCAGCAUCUUCCACACUAUGUUGUUGGAUACGUGUCAACAAGUGGGGGCUCCGAGUAUCGGAGUGCUGGGGGUUAGAAUUCUUAUGAUUUUUGUUCUGAUAUUAAAUUUAAAUUUGCUGUCCUGCUUUUGGAAUUUUGGCUUCCAAUUUCUCAUGGUUGCCUAGUUCGUGAUAGGAUAAAACUAGAAAUUGUAUAGGAAGAUACAGGAAAGUUCAUGAUUGGUGGCGGGUAGAAAAAAAGAGGCGGCUUGUUUGUAUGUUCUGCAUUAGAUUAUUAUUUCACUUCACAAUCAACAGAAAAAUCACAGUAAGGAUGAUUAUAAUUAAAGAUUGGUUCUUGU